AUGCACAGUUGGAGCAGCCUUGUCUUCAUCCUUUGUGGGGUCCUGACCCCUGCCUUCUGUUGUGAUUGGCUAAGACACUUCGGUCGUCUGAACGGAGAAUCUCUGAAGUUCAUCCAGACGAUGGUAAGUCCUACAAAAUCUGAUUCCAGGUCCUGGAGGGGCUUCCAGGGAGCCUUGGGCAUAUUCAAGGAGUUUUUGAAAGAGUGGAUGGUCAAAAGUGUCCCUCUGAGGACUUGUGAAGGUCUCAUUUCAUUGUGGAGGUAGUUUUAAUCUCAACAUAUUAAGAAAGUAAUGCUGCUAAAUGUGAAUGUACAGUGUUUGUAGCCACAUACAAUAGAAUGUAUAUUUCUACAUAGAUCAUUCAUAAAUAUAAAAAGAACAUAUGUCCAUAUAUUUAUCUGUAACAGACUGCCAGUUUGUUUAUAAGUUUUAAGUUUCUGAAAUACUCACACCAGCUUGUCUGGCACCAACAACCAUGCCACAUUCAAAGUCACUUGCAUACUUUUUCCUCUCCAUUGUGAUGCUCAGUUUUUCUACCCGCCUAAAUGUAUUAAAUCACUGCCAUGUGUUUGGCAGAUUGGUUAUUUGAGUUAAUAAGCAAUUGAAAAGGUGUAUCUAAUAAAGUGGCCGGUGGGUGUAUUUAAAACAGCCAAAAUACUGACACAUAUUGGCAUAAAAAAAAAAAAAAAGACUAUUUAAAUCUAAAACAACACCAAUUAACCUUUUUGCAUAUAUGAAAAAUAAUUAUAUGAAUUCCUUAAUGUUAUUUAUUUGUUAGGCUAUAUUAACAAAAUGUAUCAUGUAAUUAUUAAAGUUUCAUAUAGGUCAAAUGAAUUUAUGCAAAAAUUCAGUCAGAAUCAGCACUAAGAUCUGUCUCUACUCCUGUGCUCAGGCAACUGUUGUAUUUUGUAUGGAUUUUUUUCCCAAACCAGUGUCUACUUUGGCGUCCUCCUGUGGACACAGCUGUUUCUGCUUUUUUUUGUCCUCCACAUGCUUGAGUAGAGACUGCUGAUGACAAUUGGCAACUGCAGGCUUUUAAAGUCAGAUGUAGGGCUGCUUGGUUGUGACAAAAACUAUAAUCUUGAUUAGUUAGAUUGACACAGAUAUAAAGAUGAUUAAAAACAAUUUCCAAUAAUUUGACAUGUGCAUUACACGCAUUUACCUAAAGUGAAACUUAAAAGCUCUGAAUUCAAAGAAAAACACAGUAAGUGAGUUAAAAAAACUUUCAACCUGUCCUUUUUUUUUACUAAAGCGGAUGGUACAAUUUUUCAUUAAAGUCACAUGUAUUACUACUGAGAGGAAUCAUGCAUCAAUUCAUCACUUUAAAAGCUACGGCUUAAUUCGGUGAUAAUACUUAUUGUUCAGUCUUGAUUGUCAUAUUUGUAUGAUCGUGCAGGGCUAAAAUCAUUAUAGAAAUUGAAAUUUGGUUGAUUGCCCAGCUCUAGUCAGAUGUACCAUGUAUUGUUGCUGAUGGUCUUGUUCCCCCUUGUUUAUCACGAGACAGGCAUUGAUGUUAUUUGGUAAGACAGGGAACGUACUUGAUCUAGAGAUGUUAUACCAGUCUACAGUGUUUUUGUGUAAUGUAGUGAAAUGUCUUUCUGUUUCAGGGCGGUCCGCUGACUAAAGAGAAGAGUCCAGUUCCUUUUCCAUACAGACUCUACACUCGCCUACAGAAAGAGCCGGUAAUAUAUCAGUCAUUCUAUAAACUUCAUGUUUAUCCUGAAAUGUUUCUGGUGGUUUAUAAUCAUUUACAUUAACAUUGAAAGACAUAUGACUUGUGAUGUCUGACCUAAUGUCUGUGAGCCAAUCAGUAAGCUGGAAUUCACUCCUCUCUUCCUUUAUUCCCAGGUGGAGUCCCAGCUGGUUUUUAUCAGAGACAGUCUGAAGAUGAUUUCUAACCUGUAUCACAAUGACAACCUCACCUCAGUCACCUGGGACAAAAUGAAGAUGGAACAUUUUCUGAGUAGCCUCCACAGACAGAAAGUGGAGUUUAACCACUGCGUGAGUACAUGGAACAAUUCUCAUUAUAUGGCCAGUACUUUGACUCCUUUAACGGCUCUUCAAAGACCUAUUAUACUUAUUUUCACCUUUCAUUCUGUCAGCCUGGGACAUCUGUGGAUUAGCUUAGCUCUAAAAACUCCUUAUUUAUCUUAUUCUGCUGUCUGUGAAAACCCUAAUUUCAGCUCUAUCAGCCUCUGCCUGAAACACUUCAUUUUUUGCAUAUUUAACACAUUAGAAAGUUAAACACAGCUAGGGAGUGUUACUUUUUACACAGCUUUGUUAUCAAGAAACAACAUGAAAGUUACGCCUUUACAGAAAACAUCAGGUCCUGUUUGGUCAUGUUAGCACACAUCGGCUAUAGUCCCAUUAGCUGCUGUUCUAAUAAGAAUAAGAAGAACUUUAUGUUACUCAAAUCCUGCUCCUACUGUCUCCUUAAAAAUCAAGUUCAGUAAAUGUAGGUGAGGCCACUUUAAGCUACCUUUCAAAGUUUAAAAAAAAUCUAAUGCAAGAAUACAUCAUUUCUAAAUUCUUUCAUAGUAGAAGUUAAAGAAGAUGAGUUUAGUGAGAUAACCUAUUGGUCCCUAAUGUUAACUUUGUCUGGCUCCAAGAUGCAAACUUAAGCUCACAAAAUCAUAUGUCCUGCACAUAAGAUAAUAACUACUUCCUAUAAGAUAACCAUACAGUGAACACUCACAUAUUAAGAGUUUACUUCUUGGCUUUAAGGGGCUCUGAAUGGACUUCUUAAACUGAUGACAAUAUAUUCCUUAUAGUGGCUUACACUGAGACUCUUUCCAGUGUUAAAAAGUUCAAAUUUUAAACUAUCAACCAACUUAUGUUGUCAACCAUGAACUUAAAACACUGAUGGCAAUUAUACUUUUCAUCCCACUUUUACUCUUUUUAAACAGCUCACACUUAAAUGAGAAAGCUUAAACUGCACAAACUUGAACUUCUAUCUUCAGCAAAUGCUUCACUAUCCCCAUUAUUGUGGUUAAACUGAAACUUCAGCAUCUUUCAAUGUUGAUGUCUGCUGCCACAUCAGCUUCUCUCAGAAAUUCACUUCCCUUAUCUUACUUUACAUCCUCUGACUUGAACAUUGAACCCCCCAAAAAACAACACCUCUGUAUUUUUAUCCUCAGGUGUCAGAUGGCACGAGGGUUCCCCGAAAACUGAGACAGUACUACAGGAGACUGGCCAGGUGUACUGUGGACCGCACUGUAAGUAUUUAUACUGCUAUGUUGUAGUGUAGUGCUGUGUGUAAAGGUUAUAGUACUGAUUGUAUUACUGUGUGUUUUAUUACAGGGUGGCAGUGUUGCAUCCUGGGAGCUGAUCAGAAAGGAAACUAAAAAUCACCUGGAUCAACUGGAGUUGUUGGUGAACCUCAUUGUCCAUCAAGAUGCUGGCAGAAGCAAGAACCCUACACGGACUUAA